AUGUUUUUCAACUUUUUUACUUAAUUUUAAUUUUAGAAUAAAUAAUCAAAUAUUAUUUAUUUUAAAAAGUUGAUAUAGACAGCUAAUUUUGAGGAUAUCCGUUGCUAUUUUGAUGAUCCACAGGGUAAUUAAUAAAAGUAUUAGUUCUGAACCUAAAUAGUAAAUAAAUAAGAUAAGUUCAUUUAAUACUGUUCUUUGAUAAAAAAAUAUACUAUAAAUAAUUUAAACUCAUUCAACAAGAAUAUUCUUCUGCACCUUGA